AUAAUCACAGCAUCCGAUUCUGUCUUCCCUAAUGCUGAGCGCCCCCACUGACCCCCACUCUUGCUUUACCCUUUCCUCCUCUCUUUUUUCGUUUGUCUCUUUCAACUUUUUUCUCUAUACUCCACACUCACUCUUCUUGGAGACACUAUACUUUUGAUGAAUGCCAUAAGCCCAGAUGUGAAUUAGGGUUUUUGGCCAAUGCACGCAUUUCGUCUUCACUUCUGACUUGUUCUUGGACUGUUUGGGACUUUUUUCUUGAGUGCAGCAGUGAUGGGUAAGAGUGUUUUGGUGUUGGUUCUCACUCUCGUGGUUUUGUCUGGCGGGGUCUCAUCAGCUUCGGCUACUGCUUCUCCUGCAAAGAUUGUUACUGGGUUUGUCUCAGAUGCUGUUCCUGUUGUGAUGAAAUGGCUCUGGUCUCUUAAAGCUACCACCAAAACAGCGAUUUCUAGCCGGUCGAUGAUGAAGUUUGAGAGUGGGUACACAGUUGAGACCGUGUUUGAUGGAAGCAAGCUUGGAAUUGAACCCUACUCAAUUGAGGUUUUGGGCAGUGGGGAACUUCUGAUUCUGGAUUCUGCUAACAGUAACCUGUACAAGAUCUCUUCCUCACUGUCUCAAUAUACCAGACCAAAGCUGGUCACUGGAUCCGCUGAAGGAUACUCUGGACAUGUAGAUGGGAGGCUCAGAGAGGCAAGGAUGAAUCAUCCGAAGGGGCUUACUGUGGAUGACAGAGGAAACAUUUAUGUUGCAGAUACCUUGAAUAUGGCCAUCAGGAAGAUAAGUGAUGCAGGGGUUACAACAAUUGCAGGGGGGAAGCUGGGCCGUGGAGGGGGGCAUGUAGAUGGGCCAAGUGAAGAUGCAAAGUUUUCUAAUGAUUUUGAUGUGGUGUACAUUGGCAGCAGUUGCUCCCUACUUGUCAUAGACAGAGGAAACCAGGCAAUUCGGGAGAUCCAACUUCAUUUUGAUGACUGUGCUUAUCAAUAUGGAAGUGGUUUCCCUCUAGGGAUUGCAGUGCUUAUUGCUGCUGGGUUUUUUGGUUACAUGCUGGCACUUCUGCAACGUAGAGUGGGCACAAUUGUGUCCUCUGAAAAUGAUCAGGCAAAUCCAAGUAUUGCCCAUAGUACAUAUCAAAAGCCUCUGAAAUCAGUCAGGCCACCGCUAAUCCCUACUGAAGAUGAGAUGGAAAGGCAAGAAGAAGGCUUCUUUGGGUCCCUUGGGAAGCUUUUUGUCUAUGCUGGGGCAUGUAUUGCAGAAAUCUUUGGAGGAAUGAUUCCAGGAUUGAAGAAGAAGCCACACAGCUAUCAAUACCAAAACCAACAAAAUUACCAGCAACCACAAAAACAUUCUAAUGCUUGGCCAUUGCAAGAGAGCUUUGUGAUACCUGAUGAGGAUGAGCCCCCCUCUAUUGAUACUAGGACCCCUACUCCGCGAAAAACCUAUCCAUUCAUGUCCAAGGAUGCAGAAAAGAUGCAUCAAAUCAGACAAAGCCGUGCUUUUGUAAGUGGGUGGGAUGGUGAUUUCCAGCAACAGCAGAAACAACAUCAUCAUCGCCAUUAUUCUUCCACCCCGCAUACUUAUUACGAGCAGAACUGUGAGAAAACCAAUGAGAUUGUCUUUGGGGCUGUUCAGGAGCAGCAAGUCCGGCGUGAACCUGUGGAUAUAAAGCCUGUGAACUAUGGAGAUCCCAUCUAUGAUCAUCACAAUAUUCGCUCUCGUAUCCAUUCAAAGGGUUACACCCAGGGCUAUUGAUCAUAUAUACAUAUGAGAUUUUAGUAUUCUAGUCUCAUUCCAUUUCGAUAUGCCUCCCUGGGGAUUUAGUUAUAGGUGGUAUCAAGAUUCCUUUUUGAUGAAUGGAAUGAAGGAGCAACUUAAAACACCAUGUAAGGUUUACUCUGUCUUGCCAAAACAUUGUAGCCUGUGUUUGGAAAUGUUUGCUCCUAUAAAAAUGGUUUGAAGAUA